UUUACAGUGAGUGUGCAUAUCUCACUCUCUCUACUGAGUCUACUCCCAGUUCAAUCAGACAUGUCGGAGCCCCGCCACCUGAAUCCCAUCUCCGCCAUCAUCCUCCUCCUCUUCUUCUCUCUCCCUCUCUCACAACCCCUCUCCUCGGCCCCAAUUCAACAUCAAGAUCACCAAAACUCCGACCCAAUUUCCCGAUUCCGAAACUACCUGCGAAUCAACACCGCCCACCCAACCCCAAACUACGCCGCCGCCGUCGACUACCUCUCCGAAUUCGCCGCCACCAUCCCCUGCCUCCAAACCCGAAUCCUCUACCUCACCACACCGGACAAGCCCCUCCUCCUCGUCACCUGGGCCGGCUCAAACCCUACCCUCCCUGCAGUUCUGUUCAAUUCACACCUCGAUUCGGUCCCCGCCGAGCCGUCCAAGUGGCUUCACAACCCCUUCGUCGCCGAAUUAUCCGAGGACGGCAAGAUCUACGCCCGUGGCGCUCAGGACGACAAAUGCAUAGGUAUGCAGUAUUUGGAAGCCAUUAAAGAGCUAAAACAUUCCGAUCCCGAUUAUACCCCUCUGAGAACAGUUCAUAUCUCGUACGUGCCUGAUGAGGAAAUUGGGGGAUUUGAUGGGAUGACGAAAUUUGUUGAGAGUAGAGAGUUUAGGGAACUGAAUCUAGGGUUUGUGUUGGAUGAAGGGCAAACCUCUGUGAAUGAUGAGUUUAGGGUGUUUUUCGCGGAUCGCACUCCGUGGCAUUUGGUGAUCAAGGCGACUGGAAUGCCCGGGCAUGGAUCAAGAAUGUAUGAUAAUAGUGCCAUGGAGAAUUUAAUGAAGAGUGUGGAGGUUAUUAUGAAGUUUAGGGAGAAUAAUUUUGAUAUGGUUAAAGCAGGCCUGGCUAUGAAUUCGGAGGUUAUCUCAGUUAACCCGGUUUUCAUGAAAGCUGGAAUUCCAUCAGCUUCUGGGUUUGCAAUGAAUAUGCAACCAUCUGAAGUGGAGGCUGGCUUUGAUGUUCGGCUGCCACCAACGGUCGAGCCCGAGCUCAUGAGAAGAAGGAUUAUUGAGGAAUGGGCCCCGACAUGGAGGAACAUGACUUAUAAGUUAACUGAAAAAGGGCCUCUAAGAGACAAAAAUGGACGCCCUUUGUUGACCGCAACUAAUGAUUCUAAUCCAUGGUGGUCUGUAUUCAAACAAGCUGUUGAGGCAGCUGGUGGGAAGCUUGCAAAGCCUGAGAUUUUGUCUUCAACUACCGAUGCUCGAUUCAUGAGGCAGAUGGGAAUUCCCACCCUUGGCUUUUCACCUAUGAAGAAGACUCCAAUACUGCUUCAUGACCAUAAUGAGUUUUUACCGGCUAGUGUUUACUUAGAGGGGAUUAAGGUUUACGAGCACAUAAUCAGGUCGUUGAGUUCGUUUGAUGGAGUAGGAUGCUGAUGUCAUUUGCAGCAUGGAAGUAUUUAUCAGUCUGAAUACUCAUUUAAAUUCCCAUCUGAAGCCUGUGUCGAAUAUGCACGACUUUAAGGACUAUUUGGGACAACAGGCUUGAAGGGUAUGAGUUUGUACAAUGCUCCAGAGUUUGGACUUUUUAGCUGUGUUUGGUAAAAUCCCCCCUAUAUAUUAAUUCAGAACAUGCUGAGCCUAACUGGCAGCUCUCGCAUGCUUCGAGAUCCUAUGUGGCAAAAUUACAUGCUUCGUUAUUAGGCUUGGGUAGAUUUUAAUUUAUUUUCAAUCCAAAAAUAAUUAUAUUCGGACUAUCCAUAAAUACGUUGGUUAUUUAUGGUCAUGUUAUGUAUAUUAAUUACAUCUUAAUAUCAUUUCUUAUUAUAACCAUUGAACUGUAAAUAUAUUUUAAAAAUUAAUAACUUUUGUAUUUUUUAUC